CCAAGGCGGAUGUAGAGGGAUGAUUCAGUAGUGACAGGAAGCCAACUGCCUUGACUGCUGCUCACCAGAGUCUGUGGUGUUGGCAUCAGCUUGGGCAGGUGUGCAGCACAGGAUGAAGUGGCCAUGGUGAGGAGCCCUCACUCUCAGCUUUACAGCCCCUCCCCAAGCCAACAUGAGUGCCGAGCUGGAGCUGCUGUGGCCUUUGUCAGGACUGUUGCUGCUGCUGUUGGGGGCCACAGCCUGGCUGUGUAUCCACUGCUCCCGCCCAGGCCCAGGGGUGAAGAGAAGUGAGAAAAUCUACGAGCAGAGGAACCAGCACGAAAAUGCACGGAGUUCAGCUGUGGCUCAGACAUACACCUUGGCCAGGCAGGUGUGGCCAGGACUCCAGAUGGACACAGCUUCAGACAAGUCAUUUGAAAGGAAGAACAAGAUGCUUUUCUCCCACCUUGAGGCCUUUCUUCCAGGUCCUGAGUCUCCUAGGUACCAGAACUUCUACAAAGGAAGCAGACAGGAGCCUGAAGCUGCCUAUGUAGAUCCCAUCCCCACGGACUACUACAACUGGGGAUGUUUCCAGAAGCCCCCAGAAGACGAUGAUUCCAACUCCUAUGAGAACGUACUCAUCUGCAAGCCCAGCACCCCUGAGUCAGGUGUUGAGGAAUCCGAAGAUUACCAGAACUCAGUAUCCAUUCAUCAGUGGCGAGAGUCCAAGAGGACUAUGGGUGCACACACGUCCCCAUCAGGAAGCCCAGAUGAGGAGCCAGAUUACGUGAAUGGGGAUGUGGCCGCAGCAGAGAAAAUCUAGGAGAGAAUCAGUGGGAAGGAAGGGCCCAAGGAUCGCGAGCUGAAGGGUUUUCUGCCUGCUGAAAGGUUUACUGCCUGCUGAAUAAUGCCUGUUCUCCUGGGAUGCUCAAGUUUCACACCCCGGCUGUGGCUGCUCCUGAGAGGGUACCAGAACUGCCUGAUACACAGCCUGGGAAGACACUGGGAAUCACCAGAGCUGCAACCCUCAAGUGAUGCCUUGCCUUGGACUUCUUUGGGGCAAAGCAAGUGCACCGGGGGAUAUUGACUGUGCUGACUGGAAGCCCAGGCCCUGAUGCGUCCCCAGUCCUACAUCUAAAAUGCGGCACAACACUGGCAUUUGUGGGGUUUUUUAUUUUUUGUCUGUCUGUUUUGGCUGCAGGAUCUCACUCAGUUGCUCAGGCUGAUCUCAAACUUGCAAUCCUCCAGCCUCAGCACUAGUGUUGGGAUCACGUCCUACCACUUUUUUCCUUUCCUUAUUUGGACCUCCAAUUACUUAUGAAUGUCGACCUCUGGGGCUGUUGCCAUGACUCUUUGUAGCUAAGUUGCUGGAGUCGUAUUUAAUAUUGUCAAUGUCAGGGGACUCCCUGUCUCAGAGCAUUACAUGUAUUAACCAUAGCAGAUGAAUGGGAUGUGGGGUAACCUGAGAUCGCCUUGGUUUCUUAGUGGGCUCCAGUUUGUUCUGACCUUCCAUCCCUGCGGGGAUAUUGUGGGUCAGUGACAGGGAAAUAAAACUGUCCCCUCACCAAAUGUCAAUAAACCCUGUGAGUGUAAGAGCA